UCUUCAGAUUUCUUUCUUUGAACCUGCUUUUCGUUUGCUUUCUGUACUUCUGUAUCCAAUCCAAAGGUCUAUUUACACUAACUGCACACAUAGAAAUUCAGUUUUCUUGCUUACUAUCUUAUAUUAGGAAAAUUUCUGCAGGUCAGAUAACUCAAAAAGUUACUAUUAUGAUUAGCUGAAAAACUAUUAUAGCUUCACCGCAGUCCUGAAAUUUUCGGAGAAACACUAUAAGAAGUUUGACUCUCUUGAUACCAUAGAGAUUUUCGUGAGCUCCCAGUUAUGCAAGCAAUGGCUGAAAACAUAUGGAUGCUGCACAGAACUUAACAUGUGCUCUUCUCUGCCAAGUCCCUCCCUGCCUCUGGGCCGGUGACUAGCUCACCACCUCCUUGUGGAAACUGUGCCCUGGGAGUAUAUACCAUAUUACCAUCAACUGUAUUUAUGAAGUUAUACCUUCUUACAAGAAUGCAAGGUGCAUGUAUCGUACUGUGAUGUAAUCCUGGACUCGACAUAAUGAAAAUGCAAUAUAGGUUGUCUUAUCUUUAUUUGUCCUUAUUGUUUCGUCCAUCUAAGUGAUCAAUAUUGUACUAUCUACUACUACAUAGUUUGUGAGUUAGCUGACCAUCAUGGGGUUCUGAUUGGGCCGCCACUAACCGGCUAGGAGGCACCCCAUGGGGCGCCCCAACCGAAAUCAUCUUUUGGCUGAUCUGCGUGUUGGCUGGCCUGAACUGAGCGACACCCCUCAUGCUAACCGAUUUCCUUUAAGAAUCAAAUCAGAUAUCGAAUGGUGGAUGUGCUUGCUUCUGGAUGCACAUAUCGCUUUAGGACAAUUGGUAUUUUGUUUCUGCUUUUACAUUGGCUCAUACACGAAUGUGGUGCAAAGGCUCGGUAAGGCCACCAGCGAUGAGCGGCUGCUGGGUUUGGCAAAGCGGGCGGUGCUCCGUUCAGGGUACCUCAUCAUGGAAAGCUUCAUUAGUGAUGAAAAGGAUGACUUGACAACGAAAGAUUUUGACAGGUUUGCCUCCAUCAUCAGGAGGGUGGAGAGCGUGCACAAGCUCGGUAUGGUCACAUCUCGCUCUUGCAAUUCACGAUUAUUUUUCUCUACCAGAUUUAGUAGAUGAUUUAGGGGUUAAAAAAGAAUAGCCUUUCUGUUGGUCUACCUAAAAGAUUAGCGAAACAAAUGGAGCUUUUUGUUUUUAAUGGAUUUAGAUGUGUACUUAAAUAGUGAUGUAUGAAUCGACCAUGUAUUACUGUAUGGAAGUGGCACUCUUCAAGAACCAAAUAUGUCUAGAUGCUCAGACAUGAGAUAUGGUAUCAGCAUGCAUUAUUCAUGUUCCAUGAAAUCAUCAUAGCUUUAUCUUUAAAUUUUUAAGCCAACGUCAUGGCGGCACGUCACUAGCAGCAAGCUAUCGAGCAAAUUACAUAAACAUGUGUUUAUAGAAUUUUGGCACAUAUCGUAGAAUGUGUAGCAUGACCGUAAAUUUAAUUUUCUAUCAAAUAUCUUAUGAUUUUGCCUUGUUUUAUUUUAGGGUUUCUGAAGUGUCUUCAGUUCUGCAUCAUACAGUAGAAUGUGGUUGACUAUAGCAGUAUGCAUCAUAAAUAGACUGUAUGUUGUUCUUGCAAGCUAAUGUGGAGCACAUGCUGACCUUGUUGCUGAUUUGCUUUAGAAAUUUCCAAUUUUGCUAUAGAAAUUUUGCUACCAUAGGCUUUUGGUUAACACUAUGGUAUAUUUUGUUGGAAAGUCAUGAACCGCUGUUAUAAGUAAUGAAUGCACACUGCUGUAAUGUGCAUAUUGUGUUGUUACAUAAUCUCUGAACAAGUUUUAGAGGUUGCUUAUUUCACACCUGUUGUAUGGUUCACCCUAGGAUUUGAUUUCAUGUGCAAUUGUGCUUGUGCGCGUUUGGUUAGGUUUUAUCCAUUUCUGCAUGAAAUUUUUGCCUUUUAUUGGUGCUGGAAUGUGAGGUUGCUCCUUUUGCUGGCUUCCUGAUGUAUAUCUUGUAAGUGCUAUUUUUUAAUAAAUCGAUCGCUUACCCUUUGAAAAUAGGUUUGACAUGGUCGCUUGCUAAUUACAGAUGCUUAUCAUUCAUUUUGCUAUGUCGAAUCGUUUCCACGUAUAUGUCUGGGGUUUGUUGCUAGAGAUCGAAAAUAGCAGAAAUGAAGCCAAAACAUCAUUAGUCUUUUUUCAUUUUAUAUCUAGAGUUUCUGUUACAAUGCUACUUGCACAACAUAAUAGUUCUGCCCAAUUCUUAGUUUGUUUGUCCUGUAUUUUUGGUCAUGUAGUAACAAUCUGUAUAAUUGGUAUGCUGUUUUCUUUUUCUAUUCUUAUUUGAGUACUAUUUUCCUUCAUUCGCAUUCUCUGUUGGUUGACUGCAGCCUCAGCCGUGUCCAGUUUGCACUUUCUGGUCUUUGAUUGUAGCCUUAGCUGCUGUCAUUUGUGCCUAUUGCUGCUGCUUCCUUCCUGUCAGUGAGUAUUGUGUUGUGGUUUCACGUCAAAUACUGACAACAGGACAGCACAUGCCUGGGUUGUUACCACUUACCGUAAAAUACAUGGUCCAGGCCAUCAUAGAUUUCUUGGUGCUUUCUUGUUCAUGAUGCUCGCGUUUUCCCUGCUACAUCUGUUCCAGAGAUUAAAUUUUCCUUCAACCUAUGACUAAAUAUAUCAUGUUGGGAGUAUCACAAAUUAGUACUUGAUGUUUCUAAACGUGAAAGAAAAAUAUAUCUGAUUAGAUACCUUGCUUAAAUCCUAAAACUUGAUGGUAUGUUGCAGGUCCGCAAAAAAGUCUGAUUGAACCAUGGCUCAGAAAAUGUGUUCUGCUGAUAUAUUUUGCUCAAUAUGACUGAUAUGUCCUGAUGAUGUACAUUAGGGGUUGCUUCAUUUUUAAAUACAAAUAUAAAUAAACUAUCAAGGUUCCUCAUGUCUUGUGCUGAUAAAUUUUUAUUAGUAAUUCUGGAGGUAGUGCGAAGAACAAUUGUCUGUGCUCACCUGGAAUUGUCGCAUUGUUCUCAGAAUGUGUUAGGUGGACUGUCUCCCAUUACCUACUUUGCAUCCAGUUGCAACAAAAGAAGCGUAUUUGCUAGGGCUUUCUACUGGUUGACCAAUGAUCUUUCCUCUGAAUCAAGAGAAUACCAUCUCUCCGGCUAUGUCGGAUUCAGUAUCACUACUAAAAAGGGAGGCAACAAGGGCAUGUUUUCUAAGCAAGCAGCAGAUAUCCAACAUUUGCUAUCAAGGUAACCUCUUUGGAAAUUUUAUCUUCCAUUGUUAUUAGGUGAAUAGUUAUUUUUUAUUUAGUGAACUUGUUAAUUGCUAUUUAAAGUACUGGAUCUGUGCAUUGGUUUGUGUGUUUCUCAAAUGUUGUACUCCCUUCUUCUUGGUUGAACACGCGCGUACGUAGUUUAAGAUAAAGUUUGACCAUUAAUUUGGUCAACAAAAUAUAAAUUAUAUGUCUGCAAAAUCUAUACCAUUUGAUUCGUAUUCAAAAAAGGUUUCGAAUAAUAUAUCUUUUUAACAUAUAUUUCAUAUUUAAUUGACCAAAAUAAUGGUCAAACUAUUUUUUUUAACAAUGUGCGCACCUGUUAAACCGAGACGGAGGAAGUAGUUAUAAUGUUAAACUAUUCUCAGUGAUGUAUCCAUUAUUGUGAUGACUAAGUCAGUUUUCAGGAUCUUAGUCUAAGCACUUCUGUGAUAUUACCAUAACAAAUGUCAGGUUCGUUUGGCUUAUUUUUCUUUGGAGGGCUUCCAUUGUUAUUACCUAGAUGGCCAUUGUCAAGCUCUUAUUUUUAUUUAUAUCAGUUUCUUCAGUUAGUAACUUAUUAUGUUUGUAUACAUACCUAUAAAUAUGAAGACAAGUUGCAGAAUUUCCAAAAGCAAUUUUAGUCCACACCUUGAUGGUAAAUUAUUGAUACCGACUUGUGUUGUUUAUGUUAGGUUUAUAAGUCAGGUUUACAAACCUGCUCUUGGGCAUAGAGUUCGUGCACUUUUUUUUUUGUAGAUUUUGCUAUCAAAAUCAGUCAUCAGUCAUCGUGGCCCUAGGUUUCCUUUGUGUCUCUUUUGUAUAGGUGACAGAUGUUGAAUUCAAUAUAGCCACAGAGAAGUUUAUGCUAACAAGGUGUACGGGCCCUACGUGUGGUGUUGUUUACCCCUGUUGGGACCUCAAUUUACUCUUGGCCACGGUUUAGUUUGAUACCAGCGGACUGAGUUGUAUUUAAGUUUGGCUAAAAUGUAGAGUUUUUCUAUGUACAAAAUUAGACACGCAACUUCAUUUUGUUACUAUACAAAAUAUUGUAACUUUGAUUCAUGAAU